AUAUAAGGAGUAGCUGAAGAAGAAGAAGAAGAACAAGUGACAGAAAUGGAUGGAAAUGCUGCUUUUGAAUCCCAUCAAAUGCCGCUGCUUUUAUCUUGAAAAUUAGGGUUUUAACUCUCAGAGGACGGAAGUGUUGACGAGCUCUUUCUCCAUACCAACAGAGAUCUCUUACUGGUUUUGUAGGUCAGGGAGCUACUAGGGAAUAAGCUUUCACUUCUCCCUUUUACUCUGUUUCCAGAACGAGUGGUAAAAUAUGCAGACGCCGAAAGCAAGAAGUUCAUCUUUAGAAGUGCCUCAAAGGACAUCUCCAGGGACACCACGAGCCGCUCGUCAGCUCAAAACACCUGGAUCUGAAUCUGACUCAACUUCUACAAUUCCUGCAACCAGGACACCAAAGGAUAAAAGCCCGAAAGUCAUUGAACGCAGGUCACCUAGAAGUCCAAUAUCUGGAGAGAAGAAGCGACCCAGCAGAAUCUCUGAGUUGGAGUCUCAACUUGCUCAACUUCAGGAGGAUCUAAAGAAAACAAAAGACCAGUUAACAGCAUCUGAGUCAUGGAAGGGACGUGCACAGCAGGAAGCUGAAGAGGCCAAGAAGCAGCUCUUAGCCAUGUCCACAAAGCUCGAAGAGUCCCAGCAGCAGCUAUUGGAGCUGUGUGCUUCUGAGGAAGCACGGGUCCAAGAGCUCUGUAAGGUCUCUCAAGACCGGGAUCGGGCAUGGCAGUCCGAACUCGAGGCUGUCCAAAACCAGCAAUCAGUGGACUCAGCUGCCUUACUCUCUGCCAUGAAUGAAAUCCAUAGGCUGAAGAUCCAGCUGGAAAUGGUUGCUGAGUCUGAGGCUGCCCAGAACAAACAAGCUGAAACUGCACAAUCUGAGCUUCAGAGAUUAAAAAUAGACCUGGCAAAAACGCUUUCUAUUGUUGAGGACAUGGAAGUUCAGCUCAAGGAUUCCAAAGAUUCUGAAGCUCAGGCCCAGGCACUGGUUAGUGAAACUCUACUGCAAUUGGAAACUGCCAAGACUACUGUGGAGAUGCUCCGGUCAGAUGCAGAUGCCCUUAAAGCCAAUGAGGCAUACAACAACCUUGUUUCUGAGUUGGAGCAAUCUAGAGCUCAAGCGAAUUCACUUGAAGGACUCGUGAGCAAACUUCAGGCAGAUCUGGUUAAAGCUAGCAGCAACCAUACUGGAGAUUCGUCAGGUGGUGUUAAAUCUGCAGAUGAAAUUCUGGACCUUUCUGACUCAAAUCAGCUUAGGUUAGAGGUAGGUUCUGUCAAUGUGGAAGUGGGAAAUUUAAAGGCUGCACUAGAAACAGCUGAGGCUAGGUACCAGGAAGGACAAAUUCGGUGGACAAUGCAGAUUCAAAGUGCCCAUGAACUAGUGGAGCAAAUGAAGUCUCAGUCAGGCCUUAGAGAAGCUGAAUUGGAGGCAGAACUAAAGAAAACCAAAGGUGACAUUGAAGAGUUGAAGGCAAAUCUAAUGGACAAGGAAACUGAGUUGCAGAGUAUAUCAGAGGAAAAUGAGGGACUAAAUAUGAAGAUAAAACAGACCAAGCCAAGUCAGAGGGAGGAUGAACUGGAAAUGGAGUUGCGGAAGUUGAACACAGAUGUUUCUGAUUUAAAGGCAAAUUUGAUGGACAAGGAAACAGAAUUUCAGAGUAUCUCAGAGGAGAAUGAGUUGCUCAAGUUAGAAAUAAACAAGAGGGAAAUGGAGAGGAGAAAAGUGCAUGACGAAGCUGUUGCCGAGGCCGAGGUGGCAAGGGCUGCUGAGCGGGAGGCUCUAAUGAAACUUGGCUACAUAACAGAGGAAGCAGAUAAGAGUAGCAGAAGGGCUGCACGUGUGACUGAACAGCUGGAGGCAUCACAGGCAGCAAACUCGGAGAUGGAGGCGGAGCUGAGGAGGUUGAAGGUGCAGUCAGACCAGUGGAGGAAGGCAGCUGAGGCGGCAGCUGCUGUUCUUUCAACGGGAAAUAAUGGAAAAUUUAUGGAGAGAUCAGGGUCAUUGGAUGGCUAUGUUACUGGGGAAAUCGGUUCACCCUAUGCAGAAGAUAUGGAUGACAACUCACCGAAGAGAAAGAGCAACAUGCUGAAGAAGAUUGGAGUGUUAUGGAAGAAGGGUCAGAAAUAAGCUGAUCAUGUAAUGGGUUGAUUGGGGCUAAAUCCUGUUUAUUGGGGAAGGAUUUGAAGAGGUGCGAGGGAAUGCCCAAUAGCAAAUCCAGGGGAUUAUCUUUUGACUCUUCUUUGUAUAGGUGAUGAGGAAAUUGGGAGGACUUAUAUUUGUCUUUUCCUGCUCACUGCCUUAUGGGCAGUUGGACAGAUGACGUAAAUACUGGCUUUCUUUCUGUGUUUGUCUUUCCAUGAAUCACUUGAAACAAUUUGCUUACAUGGAACUUCUGGUAUAAUGGCAUUGUAAUCUGCUAGAUAUUAACGGGUCUUGAAUGUGUUACUCACCUGAAACUUGUGCUGAU